AUGAAAGAUUUGGACAGGAAACGCUCAGUAACUAACAAAAGAUUUGGGGGCAGACUUGCUUUACAGGUACAUAGUGGAAAUUUGGUCCUUUCGACAAAACGACCUCAGGCCUCUCAUGAUUUCUUUUUAUCUACAGAACCCCCAACUCCUAUUGCCCCUCCUGAGCUGCUGGCUGUUGGAGCCACCUACCUGUGGAUCAAACCCAACGCCAACUCCAUCAUCGGAGACGGGCCCAUCAUACUGAAAGAGGUGGAGUAUCGGACAACCACUGGGAACUGGGCAGAAACACACAUUGUGGACUCUCCCAAUUACAAACUGUGGCAUCUGGACCCAGAUGUGGAGUAUGAGAUCAGAGUGCUGCUGACUCGCCCUGGAGAAGGAGGCACAGGACCGCCUGGACCACCACUCACAACAAGGACAAAAUGUGCAGGUUCCUUCAUGAUGGUGAACAGCUCUGGACGGGCAUCUGGGCAGAAAGCUCACUUACUUUUGCCCACCUUGAAGGAAAAUGACACACACUGCAUCGACUUCCAUUACUACUUAUCCAGCAGAGAUCGGUCAAGUCCUGGCUCUCUGAAUGUCUACGUGAAAGUGAAUGGAGGACCACAGGGCAAUCCCAUAUGGAAUGUCUCAGGGGUUGUUACAGAAGGAUGGGUGAAGGCGGAACUUGCCAUCAGUACGUUCUGGCCACAUUUUUAUCAGGUGAUAUUUGAAUCUGUCUCUGUGAAAGGACAUCCAGGGUACAUAGCUGUGGAUGAAGUCAGAGUUCUUGCCCAUCCAUGCAGAAAAGCACCCCAUUUCUUACGGCUUCAGAAUGUGGAGGUUAACGUGGGACAGAACGCGACGUUCCAGUGCAUUGCUGGGGGAAAGUGGUCCCAGCAUGACAAACUCUGGCUCCAGCAGUGGAAUGGGAGGGACACAGCACUAAUGGUCACUCGAGUCGUCAACCACAGGCGUUUCUCUGCUACGGUCAGCGUUGCUGACACCUCGCAACGCAGUAUCAGCAAAUACCGCUGUGUCAUUCGCUCAGAUGGUGGAUCUGGAGUUUCAAAUUAUGCAGAAUUAAUAGUGAAAGUGUUUGAUUACUCAACACAGAUGUAA